GUUCAAUGCGGAGACGGCUCCCGUGGACACGUUUGUGUUCCAGGGCAAGGACUUCCGCGCGCUGCGUGCGGCCUCAGCCCAGGCGGGAACCCUGCGUGACAUUGCGGGCGCAUUCUGGGCGGAGCAGCAGCAGCAGGGGCAGGGGCGGUCGCAGCGGCAGCGGCGGGAGCGGCUGGUGUGUGUGGAUGGGUUCCAGGUGCUGCGAGACAACAACUACACCAUGGAGGAGGGCAUGUUGCACUUCGAGGGGCAACAGCGAGGCAAGGCGGCAGCGGCGGACGCCAAACGCAAGCCCCAACGAGCCGGCGUGGAUUACGAGCACAUGGACUUCUGCCUGGUGUGUUGGGAGGGGGGCGACCUGCUGUGUUGCGACCACUGCCCCGCCGCCUUCCACCCCGCUUGUCUGGGGCUCAGCGAGGGGCAGACGGCGCUCCUGGCUAAGCGCAAUUGGAGCUGCCCGCACCACUCGUGCGUGACGUGCGAGCGAAACACGCAGCGAGCGGGGGGGCUGCUGUUCAGGUGUGAGAUGUGUGAGAAGGCCUUUUGUGAGGACGACCUGCCACCCCAGUAUCACAUGGUGGGCGAGUGUGAGAUGUUCAAGGCACUAGGGCAGGUGCACCCGCGCCAGGCCUGCUUCAUCCACUGCAGCAACCGCUGCAGGGAGCUUGCAUCGGAGCUGCGUCCCCUCAUCCAGCACUCCAUGGCAGCCCGACCAGCGGGCGACACACCCGCAGCGGAGGAGGCGACAGAGCGGGCUGUCGCCACCACCACAGCAGGAGGAGC